GGUAAGUACCUACCUCGGAUUGUUUGUUGGAUGAAGAUUUCUUCAUAAGGCCUAGGCCUACCUGUCUGUCGCGUGUAACAACCCGGUUUCAGAUUAGGCUCAGAUGACCUGAGAUGGCACUGCAUGUUUUUUGAGAGAUGCCAAGUCCCAGUAAGCGGUCCAUGGCGGCCAAGAAAAGACAGGCUGCAUUGAAGUCCACAGAGAUGCAGAGUCUGGUGGAAAAUGCACUAGAUGAGCUGGGUUCCAGUGACAAGGUUGGGCGUCCUUGUGAAAAAAAAGGCCAACCAAUAUCAAAAAACCUUCCAAUACCAUCCAAUACCCUCCAAAACCUGUCAAAACUUGCCUACAAGUGUGCCUGAAUAUCCAACAAACCAACCUACUGUUACAAGUUCUGUGAACGAAAUUGCUUCUAAUUGUGUCUGUAUAACUGAGCCUUGUGUUCCAGAGAGAUCUGUGCUGAUCGGGUCUUUUCAUCAAGGUCAUGCACGGUUUGGAAAUGCACGUAACAGGCAGUGUGGAGCCAUCAGUCUGACUGCACUUUUGAUGUGCAAGAUGAAGAGUGUGUUGACCUGGGAACCUGAAGAUUUAGAUGAAGUUUUGGUCCAGGGUACUGUCCUUUACAGGUCCAUGAGAGCCCAAGGUAAAAUAAGAGACCAUGUUGACGGAAGGGGUUACAUUGCAGUGUCUGAACUGCCAAGACGUCACAGAUUGUGGAAUUGUGUUUUUACGAUAGACUUUGCCGAGUCUUUCACUGGUAUUGUUCAUGUUGAUGACUAUGACCAUGCAUUACGUGAUGUUGCUAUGCCUUUUGAUGUAGCAAUACAGCGGACAUUGUUGAGUAAUGAUGGCUGCCUGUUAACCAUAUGUGCUAACACAUGUGCUAUUGUGAAAGAAGGAUCCAAGUUUGCCUUUAUUGAUUCACAUGCCAAUGGGAGAGUUAAUCAGAAAGGUCAAGAUGCAAGUUGUGUUGCUUACUUUAGCUGUGUAGAGUCUCUGUUCACUUUUGUCUAUAACUUUGCACGAUCUUUUGGAGUAGACACGCCACGCUUUGAAUUAACUGGAGUCAACGCAAGAAUAAUCGAUGGCAGCAUCCAGAUGAGCAAUGCAUCCAGCUGUACAAUGAGCUCUGCGAACUGCCUUGCAGGCUACAGUGAUGUGGUGAAGGAUGCGAUUCUGUCUCUCGCGUUUGCGCUGCCUGUCUUUUCGUUUGCCUCGGAUGAUGAGACAAACUGCUCUGGACUGGAGUGUCGACGGUGAAGUGAGCGGUAGCUUCUAGCAUUCUCUGGUGGUGAAGAUAGCUUGAGGAACAAGAGGAACUCAAAAAAGUAUUUGUUGUGGGACUUCAGUAGGAUCCAAUGCUCCAAUGCAGUCCCAGGAGCAAGUACGAGAUGAAAUCUUACAGAGAAUUCAUGCAAGAUUCAGCUUAAUUCUUAGAAAUGAAACGUUAGAUCUAGAUUACCUUUUGGAUGUGGCUCAGCAGGAGCUCUCCUUGGCAACAAUGGCAUUACGCCAAUUAAAUAUCCCACUAGAACUCAACAGCCUACAGCAGCUGAUUGACAUCCUUAGCUUGCCAGCUAGAUCUGCUCAACAAGCAUCAGUUAAUGUAUCAGAUGUUGUAACUUUGACUGUGGGAGAGCUGGGACGGCCUCGCUUAAGCAUAGCUGCAGAUGCUAUUGAAGGCCUCCUUUCAAAUGCACUACCUAUAGGUCUUCUAGCAAACUUGUAUGGUGUUUCAAGAAGAACAAUGUACAGGCGAAUGAAGGAAAAUGGUCUCUCUGUUCGUGGAUGUUAUUCCGACAUAUCUGACGAUGAACUUGAUUGUGUUGUGAGGUCCAUAAAAUCAAGAAUGCCCCAUGCUGGGUAUAGAUUGGUUAAGGGUGAGCUAUUAGCCAGAGGCUACCGUUUGCAGUGGCGUAGAGUUAGGAGUAGUGUAGAGCGUGUGGAUGGAGCUGGAGUUUUGGCCAGGAUGAUACAAGUUGGAUUUGUAGCGCGCAGAACCUAUAGUGUCCCUGCACCACUGUCUUUGGUUCAUGUAGACACUAACCAUAAAUUAAUCAGAUAUAAUAUUGUUAUAUUUGGUGGAAUUGAUGGCUUCUCAAGGAAGAGCUUCUAUCUUGAUGCUGCUGCAAACAACAAAGCCUCAACUGCUUUCUCUUGGCCGUCAAGAGUACGUGGUGACCAAGGAGUCGAAAAUGUCGACAUUGCCCGAUGCAUGUUCUCAGUGCGAGGAACUGGACGUGGGAGUUUCAUUGCUGGCAAAAGCGUCCACAAUCAAAGAAUAGAGAGACUCUGGCGUGAUGUGUGGUCAGCUGUCACUUGCAACUACUAUGAAGUGCUACAUUCAAUGGAAGAAGAGGGGCUGGUCGACCUAUCAGAUGAGAUGCACCUCUUUUGUGUACAUUGUGAUUCUCCCACGAUUGAGAUCUGAUCUGAAGUGCUUCUCGAGUGGCUGGGACAAGCAUCCUCUUAGAACAGAGGGAAACCUAUCUCCAGACCAGCUGUGGCACAUUGGGAUGCUACAAACACCUGUGGUUGAACCAGAUGUAGAGCCAACAGAACCUAUUCCUGACUGCACUGGUGACCUUGAAGAUGGAGUGGUGGUGACCGAGAUUCCCUGCCCCCUGUCAGAUACGAACUUUGCGGUUCUUGAGGAAACAAUUAAUCCCUUACAUUCCACACUGUGUCAUACGGAUUUGUACAUACAGACUUUUGAUCUUGUACAGAGAUUGAAUUGAAUUAAAUUAAAUCUGAAUAUAGUUUGGAGACUGAAGUCCCUAAAAAUGAGCCGUCUCCAGCUGCUAUGGAAGCUGUGAGAUACAUAAAUCCUCUUUUA